AUGGGUGAGUAGAGAGAUGGAUAGAAAGCCAGAGCACUCCUCCAUGCAGGGUGCAUUUCUGUUAUUAAUUCAUAUCUGCUUCAUCAAAGCAGCGCCAACGUGACUGGGUGGAUAUUAAAGGGGCUACGUUUGCAGCUAAUGUGUCUGAGCGUCCUCACAGGAAGCUCUCUCCAUCUCUGUCUGUCUGUCUCGCUCUUUUUCCUUGUCUCUUCACCCCUUCUCUAUUCCUUUCCAUACAAUAUCAUACUUCACUCUGCCUCCUUCCCUCUUCCUCGCUCCCAUUGUCUAUUUCAGGGGUUCCCAAACCUUUUCACUCGAGGCCCCCCUUCCAGCAUUGGGGAACAUCCCGCGUCACCCCACCCCCCAUAUAUUUUAUUGUAUAUAUAUUUUUGGGGUGGGGGAGUGGUCUAUUUCACAUCAUCCCCCUAUUUCUUAAUUUUCUACUCUUACACUCACCUUCAUUCUCAACCUCUUUUUUUCUCUCCUUUCCUCUCACCCUUUCAUCCUCUCUUUCUUUCCACGUCUUUCUCACAGCCUUGGCCCCCCUUCCUCUGUGUAUUUGUAGUUGACUAAGGGUAAAUGGUUUGACUUUUUGUCAGGGGGUUGGUGCUUCACUGUAACCCUUGCGUGCAGCGUGUGAGAGCAGUGACCCCAGAGGUCAGAGUUCAACCCAAGCUAAAUGAGUCUGUGAGAAGCACAGGAAUAACACAUGAAUGUCACAUCACACACUCAUCAUACACUCCUCUCUGAGCGGGCUUACACAAUACACACUGCUUUACUGUCCAAAAUAAGCUAUAUUUGUGUGUCUGUGUAUUUGAAUAUUAUCUUGUGUUUUUUGUUAGUGGACCUUUAAUGGACUACACAAAACCCAUAUACCACUUAUCUCAGUUAAUGAAGAGGCUAUGCCAAAUCUGUCAUGCUUCUAGUGCAUAACCCCCGACUAUGACCUUUUACUGUAGCAGAUAGUCCUUAAUUGUAUUUAUCUACAAUAGUUUGCUCAACUGUCUUGUACUUCUAGCACAGUGACUUAAGGCCAAAUAAGGACAGCCUUGGUGGGAUGAGGCGUGCUUAAUUCCACCGCCACACACUCUCUGUGACUCGCUGUGGUGGUGUUUUUUAAAUGUCAUGGCUGAAAUCGCCAAGGAUACCUGUUUCGUGCCCUCUUCUCCCCUCUGCCUUAUUUUUGUACCAUGGGGUUAGAUGUAGUGCCAUGGUCUUUCUGUUUGGGGUUUUAGGCACUUUAGUUGUUUAAUCCCACUGUUUGCCAGUACUUCUACUGUCAAGAGAUAGUGGAUUUGGUCUGUCCAAUCACACUAAGCCACCGUCGACCAAUUAGAAACCGGGAAAUGGAUUAUGGCAGGCUUUAAAAUCUGUCUCGACAUCCCCUCUCUCUCUCUCUCUCUCUCUCUCUCUCUCUCUCUCUCUCUCUCUCUCUCUCUCUCUCUCUCUCUCUCUCUCUCUCUCUCUCUCUCUCUCUCUCUCUCUCUCUCUCUCUCUCUCUCUCUCUCAUCCAAUGCCACUCACUAUCUUUCUCCCUCUCCCUUUUACCCUAUCUAUGCCCUUCUCUCCCUGUCUCAUUCAUUUCCCUUGCUCAUUCACAUAGAGAUGCUUUGGAUGCGUCAUCUCGACUCAAGCACUCAAGCACUCACACACAACCUCCUCAAAGAGGCUUUUCAAAAGACAAGUGGAUGGAGUGGAUUUGGCGUCUGGUGGAUUAUGGCAUUAAUCAUUAUGAUGCAUUGAUUAUUUUUUUAAAAUUCAGAUAGUCAAAACACACUAACCUUUAAUGAAGGACAACCAUGCUCUAAAAAAAGUGCACUUUCAACCCGUUUAAGCUAACUGGAAUCUUUUUAAAAUAGUUUUUCCGGAAUUUGUUCAAUUCUUUUGACGUAAGGUUUUUUAGGAGUGAGUUACAUGGUAAUUCCCAUUGUGCAAUGUUGUCUCUGUACCCUAUGUUGUUGUUUGCAAAAGGAGACAACAUUCUUUCCCUGGGACAGGAGUUGCUUGAGUUCAAGGGAAACCAGUAUUUUGAGGUCACAAACUCAAAUGUUUUUUUUUUGUAAUCAGUCUUGAAAUUCUAUUGACUUACUGUGUUCUUGAGUGAUUUGACCUGUCCUCUUUUUGCUACACUGUAGUGUAUUACAUUUUCACAGCUGUUGUGUCGAAGGACAGGUGAUGCUGAGUUUCAAAGUAUUUUCCAAGGCCUGUCCCACCCUCUCUCGCUCUCUCUCUCUCCCCCUCUCUCCCACACUCCUUUCUCUUGCUCCAUGUGCCUCUCUAUGUUACCCUUUUCUAUCUCUCUUUCUGUCACUACCUCUACCUUCCCUCGACACCUCUCUCUUUCUCUCCCUCUCUCUUCCUCUCCCUCCCUUUCGCAACUCUCCUCUCUCGUCUCUCUCUCUCUCUCUCUCUCUCUCUCUCUCUCUCUCCUCUCUCUCUCUCUCUCUCUCCUCUCUCUCUCUCUCUCUCCCUCGUUCUGUGUAACUGUAGAUGAGUUAUUAAUCAGACAGCGGGGAUGACUGAACAGGUGUUUUCCAAAUGGGCUUUGAGCCGCCGCAUCAUAGCUCGGCGGGUGUGGGGGGAUGUGUGCUUAGCCUCUGCGUGCCCCCUUCCCCUUCGGCUGAGCCAUUUGGCAGUGGAGUGGGGGGGAGCAAAGGUGUGAAGAGCCGUAGUGUCUUUACCGGCUGCUGGUUGCCAUUACUCAUUGAUGCACGGCACCGGGGUCUGCCUGUCAGGAGACAGAGUGCUGACACAUUUAGAGCCGCAGAAAUUUCCCCCCGUUUCUCCACACUUUGCACCUCCAACCUCCACCGUCCUUCCUCCUCUCCCCAUGCACCCGCCAUGACAUGUCUUUUAGCUGCGAGCCCCAGUGUGAUUUGGCCCUAUAUAUUCCCAUUGAGAAAGAGCAGACUUGUCUGAGUGCCUCUAGAUGGUGCUUUAUGACACAGUGGUAAUUGCAGCCUACUAAAUGAAGGCGGUUAGUGCUGGAUGCAGUCAUGACGACGUGAUGACAGAGAAGCUUCAGGUCCUAAAUGUUACUGUAACUGUGCCAGCCUGGAUUUAAAUAAAGGCUAGGUGGAUAGAGUACAGCCACAUGAAUGAAUGAAAUAUGCAGUAGUUCUACUGUACCUACUGUACCUGCACCUGGCCAAACAAUUAGCUUCUAGUACUUGAGGAUUCACUUAUACCCACGGCCUUUGACAUAUUACAAGACAUAUCACAGUUUUUUUGUGAGCCUUUGAAAUGUCAAAAGAGGAAAAAUGUAUUUUGCUCAUGAAAAUCAAAUGCCAUAUCUCCUUCUUAACCCUUUCUUUCUCUCUCCCUCAGCUGUCCAGAGAGGCCGCAUGUCCAACUCCCAGUCCAGCCCGGGUCAGUACCUGACCAAUGGCAGCGACCCUUACAACGGGCAGCCCUACCUAUCUGGAUUCAUCUCUCUGCUGUUGCGCGCCGAGCCCUACCCCACAUCCCGUUACGGGUCCCAGUGCAUGCAGGGAAACAACCUGAUGGGCAUCGAGAACAUCUGCGAGCUGGCCGCACGGCUGCUCUUCAGCGCUGUGGAGUGGGCCAAGAACAUCCCCUUCUUCCCUGACCUGCAGCUCAUGGACCAGGUGUGGAAGACCACCCUGAUUCCUGACUAGAAACUAUGCCUGACUAUAAUUCUUUUUUUAUGCCUGACUAUAAUCUUUUUUUAUGCCUGACUAGAAAAUAGAAAUGAUGUAUGCCUAGAGAUGUGGUUUGGUCACUUUAUUUGGGUAGUCCCUUAUGGAUGAGCUGUAGAUGCUCAUCACAGAUAUUGCCCAGAAAAUAUUGUCCAGAACAGAUAUGUCCAUGUCUGCAAUUGGUAUGUCAUGUAAAGGUUAAAUUGUGGGGUCAGCAGCCUUUAAGUUUGGCCAUAUCAUUAACACUUGCCAUACUCAACCAUCUGCAUAAGGAAGAUAAACACUGUUAUCCUUAUUUCCCAGAACCACCCUCUGUCAACUCUGAACUAACCAAUCCUACCAUAAUUCCUCCCGUGCCCUAGGUGGCGCUCCUGCGCAUGUCAUGGAGUGAGUUGUUUGUGUUGAACGCGGCCCAGUGCUCCAUGCCACUGCACGUGGCGCCCCUGCUGGCGGCUGCCGGCCUGCACGCAUCGCCCAUGUCUGCGGAACGCGUGGUGGCGUUCAUGGACCACAUCCGGGUGUUCCAGGAGCAGGUGGAGAAACUGAAGGUUCUGCAGGUGGACACGGCUGAGUACUCCUGCCUCAAAUCCAUUGUGCUCUUCACAUCCGGUGAGUGGAGUCUGACUUUAGUGGUUUCUGUUUCUAUAUGUCGUUGUUUAUGUCUAUCUGUAGGAUAGUUUGUGUUGUGUUUUGUGCGGAACUACAUAUUUAGGUAAUGGUGGUCACUCCAGAUAAGUUAGCAGACUUAUAGACUCUCUACAGUAUAGCAUGUGGUUAACAACCAAGUGGUUAACAAUGUCUUUGUAAACAAUGUAUCGAUAAUGUAUGGAUACCAUAUAAAUAUUAUCAUGGAUGAACUACUUAUAUGAGGUAAAGAAGCGUAAAUAUUGGUGAAAUAGCAAUAUAAAAACAAUAGUUUGCUCAUUCCUUUGUUACACCACUUUUGCCACUGUAUGAGGCACAGUAGAUAGUUAUGGCUAUUCUACGCCACCCAGAAUGCUGUCAGAUCUGGGAUUGUGAUGUGUUGAGGAUUCAUUGUUUAUGACCCAGGGGGUGUGAGUGUGAGAGAACCCAACUCUGAGGUCUUCCACCUUUGUUUUUGUUUCCUGUCAAUCGCCCUUUUCCUCGCCUCCAUCGCACAGCUUGUCAGAAUCACUUUGCAUGUACCUAGCUCUGGCCCGCACUCUUCAGUUUGGAUGGCUGAAGAACCCCUUCGCUCUUCUCUCUUUUAUUUCAUCACCCUCUUCUCCUUCACGCUACCAUCUAUUAUUGAAACCAGUCAAGCAGCCUCUCCCCUUCCCUCCUCUCCAAACCCCAGCCCUCUCACCCCUGCCCCCACCACCAUGCUUGAAUUAUUCAUGGUGGGUUGCAGCGACAAGGGGGAUUUGCCACAGCCCAGGCCUUGACCUACAUAACCCCUGUAGCCCUGAGCAUCCAUGUGAUCCGUCCCGCAACCCCAGCCAACACACACGCAUACACACACACAUGCAUGUACACACAAUGAGAUAGACAGACUAUUCGUAGACCAGGCCCCCCAUCGAGACCUGCCUGCAUGAGCUAACAAGGACAGACAAACUCCCAAUACCCUCUCUCACCUCCGCCCUCAGACAUUCCGCCCUAGAUCCCAGUCACAUCACCCCGAAUCAAACAGUGGCCAUCUUACGACCGCCACCAUCCUCAUCCCCAGUGUGUGUGUGUGUGUGUGUGUGUGUGUGUGUGUGUGUGUGUGUGUGUGUGUGUGUGUGCGUGUGUGUGCGCCCAAGGAGCCAGACAAAGGGAGGUCGUGCCUGUAAAGGACGCCUGUGGAGGUGUCGUGGUAGCACGUGAGGGCUCAGUCGCACAGCCAGCCCUAGCUUUGUCAGCCACUGAUGCCUCACACAGACCCCAAAAUGGCGGAUAGCAAAGAAACUACACGCUUGCCCUCACAGUGGGAAAUGUGGCAGAAUUGGCAGUUAUACCCCACCUGGGGCGAUGGGGAGAGGGGGGGAGGGGGAGGGGGGAGACCUACGACAAAAAUAUGAGGCACAUUAAUCUUUUGUUAUGCGGAACUGAAGCUCAGCAGGCCGAAGUUUGCGCAGGGGGCUGAUAAAAGUCUACUGUGACAAAGGGACCAGCGUGCUGGAUGAAUCCAAGCCCAGUGCUUCUGCUGCACACUAGAGUAAAGCACUUGGGAGAAAAUUACCCUCGCUGUUCGAUGCAGCCUUUAAAUUAGGUUCAUACUGGGGACAGAAACACUGGUACAGUAGGACUUAACGUGCAGUACAGUACCAUGCAGUACACUAAAUGUGACUUCGUUUUGAGUUCACCCAUCUCUGACCCCAUAACCACGGAGCACAGGGGGAGUGAAAAGUAUCACACGCAGUCAACACACUCUCUCUGUCGUGUGAGACUCACACCAGGGACUGGUGCUAGGGGAGGUGUAAGAUCAGGGACAACACCUUGACCCACAACUGAAGGCAAAGGGAAUUGUAUUCCACUACAUAGAAUGACAUAUUUACAUAGGGAUACUGACAUUUCAGCUCUAAUGUGUGUACGUAGCUGGACACAAUUUCACAUUGUAUGUCAGUGUGAGGUCAACUCAUCAGAACCAUAAUGAUCCAUAAACUCAUCAACGCCUAACCUUCCUCUCUCCUUCUCAGAUGCCAUGGGCCUGUCGGAUGUGGCCCACGUGGAGAGCAUCCAGGAGAAGUCCCAGUGUGCCCUGGAGGAGUAUGUGAGGAACCAGUACCCCAGCCAGCCCAACCGCUUCGGCCGCCUGCUCCUGCGGCUGCCCUCCCUCCGCAUCGUCUCCUCGCCCGUCAUUGAGCAGCUCUUCUUCGUGCGCCUGGUGGGCAAGACGCCCAUCGAGACGCUGCUGCGCGACAUGCUCCUCUCGGGCUCCAGCUACAACUGGCCCUACAUGCCCGUGCAGCGCGACCGCCCCAUCUCCCUCCACUACAAUGAGAAUGGGCCCUGA